CAGAAAGUGUCUUGUAACAGUUUGAAGUCUAAAAUUAGGGAGGCACCCCAACAGCAAAUGACGCAAGCGGACUAAAGUGGACAGUGUCUCUCGUCUCUGCGCGUCAAUGACAGGACUCAGGACCAUGGAGACGUCCACUACAACUCUGCUGUUGUUGAUGACACGGGGGGUAUUUUUAGAUGUUGUUGUCAUCUUUUCGUAACGGCCGUUCAGUAUAAAGGACUCCUUCAAAAUGCAGCUGUACAACAGUGCGCUCACACACUACCCGAGGUCGUCUCGCAAAGUUACAAUAACUUUAUCGGCCGCGUCGGAGCGUCUAAACGGGACUACACCGACCCCCCCUGAGGCCGAUAAAAGGGGAUUUACCCACCCAGAGACAACUUCAGCCACCAACGGGGAUCCCGUGAGCGACACUGCUGCUGCUUCCGCAAACAUGCCUGCCUUUUCAUGUUACGAGGCUUCCUCUAUGAGGCCGAUUUACUUCACAUCGACCGCUGAGAUAUUAAUCCGCCGACCCGACGGAGUGGAGAGGUCUGUGCCGAUCCACUUCGUGAGGGAGUCCAAGACCAAACCAGCCUCUCCUGACUCGCACAGUAAUGGUGAAGGCAUCCUCUGUCAUGACUGUGACUCGGAUGUGAUUGUGGACUUGAUAGAUCAUGUAAAUAAUGGGACAGAUGACUACCAGGAGGUGGUUGGAGAUCUCUUUUUCAACAGCGCCAGCACCUGUAGACCCAAAACAGAAGAAAACAAAAGGAUUGGUGGAAAUGCAGGUGAGGGUGAUGAAGUGAUGCAUGCCCCCUUCAAGAGCAACGGGUGGGCCUCGUCGCAGCAAGAGGAGCUAGCUCAACCUGAAGACCUCGUAAAGGGAGAUUUUAAUGUCAGAGCUGCUCCAGAAUCCGAGGAGAGACGGGCGUUCGAGCUCAGCGUCCUGCAGGAGUCGCCUCAACAGAAAAGACAGGAAGUAGAGGACAUCAACGAUAAGGUCACACGGUACCUGGCCGAGGUGGAGAGACAAAACAAGUACCUCCAGGAGAGGCACAAGUUCAGGUACCACGUCAUUCCAGACGGGAACUGCCUCUACAGGGCCGUGUGCAAGGCCACGUUCGGGGACCAGGCGAGGCACGGCGAGCUGAGGGAGCAGACGGUGCACCACAUCGCCGACCACCUGGACGAGUUCAACACCAUCGUCGAAGGGGACGUGGGCGAGUUCCUGAUCAACGCGGCGCAGGACGGCGCCUGGGCCGGGUACCCCGAGCUCCUCGCCAUGAGCCAGAUGCUGGACGUCAACGUUCACCUGACGACCGGCGGCAGCCUGGAGAGCCCCACCGUCUCCACCAUGGUGCACUACCUCGGGGAGGAGGACGCGUCCAAACCAGCGAUCUGGCUCAGCUGGCUCAGCAACGGUCACUACGACGUCCUCCUCGACAACUCGCUUCCCAACCCCGAGUAUGAGGACUGGUGCAGGAACUCGCAGAUGCAGAGGAGACGAGACGAGGAGCUGGCAAAGUCCAUGGCGGCGUCUUUAUCCAAAAUGUACAUCGAGCAGAAUGGAUCAGCGUGAAAGCAAAAACACUGAAUGAUGACAAUAAAAAAGACGACACUGAUACAGUAAAAGAAUAUUCCACUGAUCUGCAGGAGUUUUACUUUGAAUGAUUUUUAUAAGAUUUCUACAGCGAGAGACGUGCAGUGCACAUACUUUGUGUUUUUUCUUUUUGUAAAAGCAGUGCCAGAUUAGUGGCAGGACAUGUUUGAAAGUGUGUGAGCCUGUUCUUGACAGUUUGGGUUUGGAUGGUGAAAUGAUUGAUGAUUUAAAUACUCUUUAUGUCUGAGCUUUUGAGUUUCCAUUUUUUCUCCGUCUGUAUAAUCGUUAUAGCUCCUCUCUCUCUUUUUGCACAAAAGUCCUUUUCAGUCCAGAGAGUUAGAUUAUAGCUUCUUUGAGAGAAAAAUCUAAGGGUUGUUUUUUUUUCUAUUAUUCCAUUUCUGUUUAGAAAAGUAU